ACAUCAUCCGCGAGGAGGAGGGCACGCUGGAGUUCGACAUGGUGGGCAUCGACGCCGCCAUCGCCAACGCCUUCCGCCGCAUCCUGCUCGCUGAGGUGCCAACGAUGGCUGUAGAGAAAGUCUUUGUGUACAACAACACAUCCAUUGUGCAGGAUGAAAUUCUGGCUCAUCGCUUGGGCCUCAUCCCUAUCCGAGCUGACCCUCGACUCUUUGAAUAUAGAAACCAAGGAGAUGAAGAAGGCACUGAAAUUGAUACUCUGCAGUUCCAGCUGAAAAUAAAAUGCAGCCGAAACCCUCAGGCAGCCAAGGAAUCAUCUGAUCCUAACGAACUAUACUUUAAUCACAAAGUGUACAGUAAACAUAUGACGUGGGUGCCCUUGGGGAAUCAGACAGACCUCUUUCCAGAUGCUGACUUCCGACCCGUUCACGACGACAUCCUCAUUGCACUGUUGCGACCUGGCCAGGAAAUAGAUGUGCUUAUGCACUGUGUCAAGGGUAUAGGUAAAGAUCAUGCCAAGUUUUCUCCUGUGGCCACGGCUAGUUAUCGACUGCUUCCUGACAUUACUCUCCUGCAGCCUAUUGAGGAUGAGGCAGCUGAGAUGUUGCAGAAGUGCUUUUCCCCGGGAGUCAUUGAGAUCCAGAACAUCAAGG